UGUGUGAGUUUCAAUCAGAGACAGCGGACAACCGAGUGGUUGUGGGCAGGCUCGCCGGGGGAUGAGUGUCGUCGGCCGGCCUGCAGCAGCAGCAGAGCUCCGUGUGGAGAUCUGCAUCUUGUUGAUAGAAAGUCUUUGUGAUGGCCAGCAGAGGGAUGAUGGUGGCCUCAGAACCCUCAGGAACGCCUGUUCCUCUCACACCUCUGUCACGCUGGUACCUUUACGCCAUCCAUGGCUACUUCUGUGAAGUAAUGUUCACAGCAGCCUGGGAGUUUGUGGUUAACUGCAACUGGAAGUUUCCUGGCGUCACCAGCGUGUGGGCCCUCUUCAUCUACGGCACCUGCAUCCUCAUCGUGGAGCAGAUGUACCUGAAGCUGCGAGGCUGUUGCCCUGCUCUGCUGCGCUGCAUCAUCUACACGUUGUGGACCUACUUGUGGGAGUUCGGCACGGGGCUGCUUCUGCGCCAGUUCGACGCCUGCCCCUGGGACUACUCCGAGUUCCGCUACAACUUCAUGGGCUUGAUCACAGCCGAGUACGCCGUGCCGUGGUUCUGCGCCUCCUUCAUCGUGGAGCGCUUUGUCAUCCGCAAAACCCUGCGGCUGCGCUUCCACGAGGGGCCUGAGGACGGCUGGUCGAAUCGUUGCUCAGAUGUUGGAGGUGGAGGAGGCGCCGGAGGAACUCUGAAGGGAAGUAGGCAAAGCGAACGGAGCAGAGGAAAUAAUGCAAAUGGAUUCCUUAAGGUGGAAUGAGUUGAGGAGCAGGCUCUAUCACUCUGUCGUGUGUCUUUAAUCCUCCGGCACUUUUCAUAUGCAGCUCACCAUCCUCAGCGCAUGGGUUGGAGACAAACGUCUGUAAAGAGUAGAAGAAGAAAAUGAAUGUCUUAACUACAGCGGCAGAUGUCAACAAGACUCAGACUCUUCUGCUACGCAAACACUGUUUUUAAUUCUUAUUGCUGCAUUUCAUCAGACAUCAACCCAUUUCCCUUUGGGUUCUACCCCAUGAUUAGAGUCUUGAAUGAUUGUGAUUUAACUUUGAAUCCCCUUUAUCCAGACUCAUAAACUUGAGGUAAAAAAAACUUUUCCAAAGACGAAGUUUUUGUUUUAAUUAGGAACCUAAAAUAAGGUCAUACUUCAGUGUUUUAAUCAUCACUCUCUAUAAGAGAAAACUGCUUGUUUAAAAAAUAUGCUCCCAUAAAGUAACAGCAGAUGUGAAAAAGUCACUUUGAUCUGUACGAUGCUGUCAUUUAGUACAACUGAAAACUGCAGUAAUGUUGCUCAAAUGCUUAUUUAAAUUCCCAGUGUUUAACAUUUUGGGAAAUGUUUUGUCAAAAAGCAAUACAGGAGUUAUCCUUUUUGUCUUAUCAGUGUUAAAUGAAAACCAGGAUCACUAUCUUUACUUUAAACCAGAACAAAUUAUGUAUUUACAAAAACAGCAUGAAUUUCUCUCCACACUCAAUUGUUAGUUCAGAAUUACUGAAGUAACAAAAAAACAGGAAUCAUGUUGAGAUUAUUUUAAGUAUACUUAGAGUCACUUUAGAAGGAAUUUAUUUAAAUAAAAAAAUACCUCUUCAGUUUUGCACCAAAACUGCAAGCACUUUGAGUUUUAUCUAUGAUUUAUUUAUUCAUUUUUUGUCUUUUAGGAACCAGUCGAACCAUUUAAUGGGGUUAUGGAAGUGCCUACUGUGAAUCAGUUUCCACACACUCAGCAAAAUGUGCUGACAACUGAUUCUUUGACCGUUUAACUGUCAACACGAAGGGUCACCAUUGGCAGAGACAAGGGAAUAAUUACCGCACACCCAGCUGAUGUGGAAAUAUUUCUGUUUAUUCUCUGUUAUAGAGGCCGUUCAGAGAAUCACAUGACCUUGAUUUGACUGUGUUAGUGGACAGUUAAAAUCACUCACUGUAGUCAGUUCCAGUUGAAAGUGCAAAAUUUGUCACUUAAAGCAGAUGUGGUAAUUUUGUGUUACCAAAAGGCUGUACGUUUAUCAAGUAAUAAUCCAGAACAAAGGUCUGAGUUUAUUACAGCGACUAUAGUCAUACUUUCCAGAGGGUGAUGCUACUUUGCAACACACAUCUCAAUCCCUUUGGUCCUGUCAAAGGACAAAGGCUUGUUUAUGUCAUAUGUUUGGUAUGCAAGAGGAAACCUUCACUUGAGAUGACAAAUAAUUUUACAUUCAAAGUGUAGGAAGUCACCUCCACACAUCCGUUUUUCCCCCUGGAGAAACAGAGGUUGAGUAAACAAUGUACUGCUCAUUUUGGUCAACCACAGAACAAUCUCUGCUAUUGGGGUGAGGAUUUGUAACGCCAUCUUGGUAGGUGCUGUGUUAUCGUCAUUAUGGCAGCAGACCACAGAGUUUUGAGGAAUAACUCUAAACUCAAUGUUUUGCCUUUGAUUGUUAUAUUUAUUGGAAUCUGUAUUAAAGAACACUGUGAUUCAUAGAUGAAGAUUAGAGGUAUGUAGUAACUAAGUAGGAGUUCAAUUUUAAAAUGAAGUAAAAGUAUAAUUUUUAGGUUGGUAAAAUUACAAAUCCUUAAAAAAUUGCUUAAGGACUGUAACAAAGUAAAUAGUUACACCAUUACAAAUAUAUGACCGGUGUUACACCAUAUUUUGUGACCAUCAUAUAUUGUGACCAGAGGGGGCGCUGUUGUGUUUCUACAACAGAACUUGGCCGAACAUGGCCACAAAGAAGAAAAUGAUACGCCGCCAACAGUGUAAGCUAGAGGCUGAAGACAUACGAAGAAGAACAAACAAAAACUGUUGGCUGUUGUUAUUAUACAUGGUCACAGAAUAUGACAGCUUUCAUAUAUUGUGAUUUCACUGUAGCUAAGGAAAUAGUAAAACAUUUUAUUCAAAAACUAUUUCAACUAAUUGUUUACAUCCUCUAGUGUCAGAAAAAAUAACUUUUGUUCACUGACUUGGUGACUUUUAUUAAAUUAGUACAGGGUCACAUAAUAUGAUAUCUAUUAUCAUGUAUAGUAGUAAUAAUAGAAGUAGUAGUAGUAAUAGUCAACAUGCCAGUGAUCAGAAGUUAUUUUUCUGACAUUAGAGGAUGUAUGCAAUGAGUAGAAUCAGUUUAUGAAUAAAUAUUUUUAUUAUUUACCAAGCUACAGUGACGUCACAUUGACAACAGUUGUCAUAUUUUGUGACCUCUGGGUUACACUGUUGGCGUAUCAUAUUCUUCUUUGUGGCUAUUUUCGGCCAAGUUCUGUUGUAGAAAAGC